AAAUGGGAUAUUGGCGAUGAAUGUUGUUCAUAAUUUGUAAACAAUCAUUUGUACAGUGCACGAACCGCGCAUUAUUUUACAUUACGAGUGAUUUUAUGAAACUAAGAAAGUUGUCUAGUGUUUUAUCAUACGACAAACGGGUCAUUUUGCAUAUUGUGGACUACUCACGGUUUAUGGUUGGUUAUUAGGUAAAUAAGAAGUAUAUCUUAGAAGUUACGCCAAAUGUUCGUAUUGGCGGAGUUGAAAGACAACGUGCGAAUAGCGCCGGAAUUGUUUGGUUUGAAGCUUCCAGAGGCAAUCAAAGAUGAAAUAAACCGAAAGUUGGCAAAUAAGGUACUAUUGAAUGUCGGUCUUUGCAUCGCUCUAAAAGACAUCAUACAGUUGGGCGAUUCAAUCAUAUUACCCGGCGAUGGUGCCUCUCACACGGAGGUAAACUUCCGGUACAUUGUGUUCCGGCCCAUCAUUGGCGAUGUGAUAACAGGCAAGAUACGAAGCUGCAGCCGGGAAGGUGUUCACAUAACGCUCGGCUUUUUCGACGACAUACUCAUACCGCCGUCCGCUCUGCAGCAUCCUUCCCGCUACGAGGAAGCGGAACAGGCAUGGGUAUGGGAAUAUCCACUCGAGGAUGGUAACACACACGACCUAUACAUGGACAUAGGCGAAAGCAUCAAGUUCCGUGUUUCGGGAGAAGUGUUUGAAGAAAGUUCACCCAUCGGUCCACCGGACCAGGAAGUUCCAUCAAGUUCGGCCGGUACGAGUGCGGGUGGAGCAGGAACGAGCAGCGUAACGGAAGGUAACAAGACACCGUACCGCAUCGUAGCGGCCAUUAACGAAUCCGGGUUAGGUUUGCUGUCUUGGUGGGUACAACAAAAUCAGGAAGAGGACGAGGAAGGCGACGAAGAAGAGCAGGAAGAGGAGGAACAGGAACAGGAUUCUGGUGGAGAGAAUGAAUAAAGCAUACAUACCUGUUAACCUGAAGCAAAUCGGUUCACAAGCAGUAGUAAACAUA